UCCCAGAAACGCCACGCGAUGGGAAAAGAAACACGGGAACGAGAAAGGUGAUGAUUGGUGGAGCUCUAGGCUCUCUUGACUGGCAGCCGGAGCCCGUGAGGCGGGAGUUGCUUGCGCUUCACCGAGAUCCUGGGAAAGCGAAAUGGAGGGGUGUGUGUCUAACCUGAUGGUCUGCAACCUGGCCUACAGCGGGAAGCUGGAGGAGUUGAAGGAGAGCAUCCUGGCCGAUAAAUCACUGGCUACUAGAACUGACCAGGACAGCAGAACCGCAUUGCACUGGGCAUGUUCAGCUGGACAUACUGAAAUUGUUGAGUUCUUGCUGCAACUUGGAGUGCCAGUGAAUGAUAAAGAUGAUGCAGGCUGGUCUCCUCUUCAUAUUGCUGCUUCUGCUGGCCGGGAUGAAAUUGUAAAAGCGCUCCUGGGAAAAGGUGCGCAAGUGAAUGCUGUCAAUCAAAAUGGCUGUACUCCCCUACAUUAUGCAGCUUCCAAAAACAGGCAUGAGAUUGCUGUCAUGUUACUAGAAGGUGGGGCUAAUCCAGAUGCUAAGGAUCAUUAUGAGGCUACAGCAAUGCACCGGGCAGCAGCCAAGGGUAACUUGAAGAUGAUUCAUAUCCUUCUGUACUACAAAGCAUCCACAAACAUCCAAGACACUGAGGGUAACACUCCUCUACACUUAGCCUGUGAUGAGGAGAGAAUAGAAGAAGCAAAGCUGCUGGUGUCCCAAGGAGCAAGUAUAUACAUUGAGAAUAAGGAAGAAAAAACACCUCUGCAAGUGGCCAAAGGUGGCCUGGGUUUAAUACUCAAGAGAAUGGUUGAAGGUUAAGCAGCUUGGAUAUGUUGUUGUAUGUUUUGUUGUCUCCAGAGUCCUAGAAUCUAAGUUACUUGUAUACAAAGUAUCAUGUAUGAAUGAUGUUUUCUCACCUUCAACAUUAUAUAAAUGUGUUCUAUUGUUCCUGCUGAGGUACUUGUUCUAAGCUUACAACUUGCUUUCCAGGCAUUUGAAUAACUUGAGAUUAUUGUACUGUUGUCAUAUGUUAUUCUGUAUUAAAUUUUGAUUAAUUCUCAUAAGUGA